UAGAUGCUGAGGAAAAAACCUGCUCCAGUGCUUUUUCAUUCGCGCCUCCAUCCUCCAGGCAAAAAGAAAGGAGGUCGAUUACGGGCAGACGGAGAUGUACGGCAGAGAUCCUGACUCAUUCUCGGAAUAUGGACCACGCUGAAGUGCUCUGAGCAACAUGGAGGAAUCCACAUCUUCUGUCAUUCGGCGAAACCGUUCCACGCCUGCGUAUCUUGCGUAUUGCUUCACGAAAGAUGAAGUAACAGCCGUUGAAAUGAGAAGGAAAUAAAGGUGGCUGCCUGGCAACGAUAACGUUUUCUUAACCUGCAUAUAAUGUGCAGUUAUUCCCUAAGUAAUUGCUUCUAUCUGCUCUCUGAAGCCCUUAUUGUUGAAGUGACACUUCCCAAAUAACAGGCAGCUCUACUAGUCGGCAGCUGAAGUGCAUAAACAAAGAAAUGCAUCCUUAGAAGAAGAUGAUCCCUGGCUUGCUUUGCCAUUAAGGACGUUUUUCCAAGUUGCUGUCCAGGAUUGUCCAGUGGCGAGGUGAGGCAGGGUGAGGCGAGGAGGGGCCACUGACCGGAUGCCCUUUGCGGCGGGAGCCGCGUGGCCUUGACCAUGAGCCGGCUGAUGUUGGGCCGGACGCUGGAGCGGAUCUGCAAGGCUGUGCUGCUGCUGUGCCUGGUGCACUUCCUCAUCAUGAUGAUCCUCUACUUUGAUGUGUAUAGUCAGCGCUUUGACAUCUUUAGCCGCUUCAACAACGGCCGCGGCGCCAACGCCUCCCGGGGGCCCCACCACUACUAUUACAACUACUCCAACGGCAGACCCAACACCACCUUUGCUAGCUACCUGGCUGCUGCUGACCAGCUCUCACCCACCGCCAAGCCUGAGGCCAACCGCACACACCCCACCCCUAAGCCCAUUCCUCCAUGCCCAGAGGUGCCUCCUGGACUUGUGGGCCGUCUCCUGAUCGAAUUCAGCUCUCAGAUGACCAUGGAGAAGGUACAGAGAGAGAAUCCUAACGUGACUGAGGGGGGUAAGUACACGCCCCUGGACUGUCGACCCAAGCAGAAGGUGGCCAUCAUCAUCCCAUUCCGGCACAGAGACCACCAUCUGAAAUACUGGCUGCACUAUCUACACCCCAUCUUGCGGCGGCAGAAGAUUGACUAUGGCAUCUAUAUCAUCAACCAGCUUGGCGAAGACACGUUCAACCGGGCCAAGCUGUUGAAUGUGGGCUACACGGAGGCUCUAAAGGACGCUGAGUAUGACUGCUUCAUCUUCAGUGACGUUGACCUCAUCCCCAUGGACGACCGCAACCUGUACCACUGCUACGACCAGCCGCGCCACUUCGCCAUUGCCAUGGACAAGUUUGGCUUCAGGCUACCGUAUGCAGGGUACUUUGGAGGCGUCUCUGGCUUAAGCAAAAAGCAGUUCCUCAAAAUCAAUGGCUUCCCUAAUGAGUACUGGGGCUGGGGAGGAGAGGAUGAUGACAUCUAUAACAGGAUUACUCUGAAUGGUAUGAAGGUCUCUCGGCCGGAUGUGCGGAUUGGUCGGUACAGGAUGAUAAAGCAUGAGAGGGAUAAGCACAAUGAACCAAACCCCCAGAGAUUCAAUAAAAUCCAGAACACAAAGAACACCAUGAGGAAGGAUGGAAUCAGCUCGCUGACGUAUCGCCUGGUCUCCAUUAAAAAGUAUCCGCUCUACACCAACAUCUCCGUGGAAAUCGGCAAACCCCCUCCCAGACCCAUCAAAGGAUAGACUGAGGCCAGGUCUCUCCAGCUCAGCAAACACACAUACACACACAGACAAACAUGUGCACACAUAAACUGACCUGGGCGUCCGCCUCUAACUGCAGCACUGACAUGCUGAACAGGUUAGUUCUCAGGAAUACACACGGGGCCCUCCAGCAGCAGGCCUGAUGUGGAUCUAUAAUCAGAAAUCCAAAUCCACACAGAAAUUCGAAGAAGUGGACUAUGAAUAUGGUCUGUGGUCUGUCUACAAGCAGAUAAUAUUUUGCUAAAGGGACUCACUUAUGGAGCACAGUAAGCCAUAGCACAUAUGGAUGAAUCCCUGCUCCAAUAAACGUUCUUCUGAAAACUGGAGGACACAAACUGAACAGUGUUUCUGGAGGAGGAUUGUUGCUUUUGAGGAGAUUAGGUUCGUCAAACCGAAUUACAAGAAAGGAGCGCCCUGUUCACUUGAUGUAAAUCAGUCAGAAUCUACUGUACAUUGCAGAAAAUGAAUGUCUUUGUACCUGCAGCUAUUGCAGCGUCCAACUCUUUCUCUUCAUAUCUCUGAAGCUGAAGUUGCUUAACCGGUGCUUGAAGAAGGCUUUGUGGAUCAUCUUUCUCUUUUUUUUUCUCUCUGGAUUUCCCACCUUUUCUUAUUUUGUAUGGUUUCUAUUUUCCUGCUUUAUGACUUCAACCAGGGAACUACAUACACUCCUAAAGAGAAACACUGGGGAUAUUAAAAGCUGAGUGAACUGGAUGGUCCUGGAUAAGCUUAAACGAAUACACAAGUGUCUCCAAUACAUGCUCUGCCUGGACCCCUGUCUUUGGUGGGGUUUGAAGCACUGAUGGUUUCUCCUGGAGAAAGCAGGAUACGUUGGAAACACUUGCUUAGAAAGAAAAAGGGAUUGUGAGGAAGCUGCUGACGGUCACUUCUCCACAACUCCAAACAAAGGAAGACUCUCCAUUGCAAGCUGUUAUUUUAAUUGAUUGUUCACUUCUGCCUCAAACAAUUAUGUUCUCAUGCUAUCAUACAUCGGACAUAGCCAGUGGCACUUCAUCUAACACCUGUGCUGUUUCAGCUUAAGGAGGUCAGAACCAUCUUGGCUGAUGUUAGUUGGCUACUAUGAGGGUGUGAUCAUGCUCAUUCCAGAGCCUCAAAACCGGAUUAUAAAUCACUGGAGGUAAAGAUUUAUUUGAACUGCAGUAUUUUGUUGGUUUUACAGUUAUUUUGCAAGCCUGUUGUAUGUUUUGGUUUGAUCUUAUAUUGCUCCCUUUUUCUGUUACUGCCUACAAACACCAAACUGAUGCCUUCAGACUUUUUUGUGAGGAGACAAAUGAGGGAAUGCUGGAUUUGUGUUGGGUUUUCUGUGUUAAGUGAGAUUUAGUCAUAUUUUUUCAUGUUUGCUCAAUUCAGCCUUGAGGAGGAGGUCACUGUGGAUGUCCUGGCAACUCUCCCUUCCCUUUUAAAAAGCCUUUUCAAAAAAUUUUUUUCCUGCCCUUUCUUUUCCAUUGCCUACCUUCACGUUGACUCCUUGCCAUGUCUCUUUAUGUGCCGUGUGUGUGUUGCCUCUCUGUCUCUGCAUUACUUAUUUUUUGUGCUCUGCUUACACUGGGAAGACUCAAAAGCCCUAGCUUAUUUCAUCAAAUCUGGCUCAACUUUCCAGGCAUGCUCUACUUUCUAAAUGGCCUUACAGAUGCAUUGUGGUUCAAAAGCUUAUUUCUACUGCAGUAGACAUUACUAUAGGCAGACUUUGUGGACAUAUUAUCGUCAUACAUAUAUUCAGAGGCUGGUGAGGUCAAUUCAGUAUUUUAUUAUCAGUAUACAAGUGUACAGUACAACAAAGAUCAUAUCUAGUCUACAGUGGUGCAAAUGUAGUAGACAUACAAUUUGUGACCAUACAGUUCACAUGCAACAAACGUAUGUAGUGCAGCAUAUCAAACAUAGGACAGUGAGCAUUCAACAUAAAAAGUAUCGUAAUGUAAGCAAGUAUGACAACAGUAUAACAGUGGAUGACAAUAGAUAUUAAUGGAAAAGAUUGUGUAAAGUUAAAUUUUCUCAUACAUGUUAUACUCAAGAACAUGCAGACCUUCAAUCUGUAUCGAAAUUUAGAGAAAUUAUAGUCUCCCAAAUGUUUAGCUCAUUCAGCCUAAUCUCUAUCUUUAGCACCUGUAUUGUACAGCUGAUUAGCGCAGACAGUAAUUUCAGUGAGAUUCACUGACUGUAAACGCACUCAUAAAAGAAACUAUUGGGCAGUUACUGAAUUCUGUCAGUAAACAUUGGUGCAAAGUAUGUGUUUUUGUAAAACAUUUGCAUUAUGUGGGCAGAAUUUUCACAUCUGAUCUCACAGAAGAGCUAAAGCAACUGGAGCUACUUCAAUUUUUCACUGUCUUGCUCCAGUGUUCAAAAGUUGGAUAAAACUUCAUUAAAUAAGACAUUCUGUCAUGUCUGUCUCAUCCUAAGACCUGUAUAUUUAGAGUGCGGUGGAUUUAGUAUUUCAAGCGCUUAUUCAUAGAAUUCAGCAACUGCCCACUGAGUUUCAAGUUAAUAGGUUUUCUUUCACAACAUGUGAAACAUGUUGAAAUUAUUUUCUGUGGUAAUUGACUGUACGCUACAGAUGUGGCAAAUAGAGAUUAGGAUGAAAGGGGCUGGAAUUUUCCUUUAAAACUGAAAAAAAGGGAUCCAGUUUUAACAGAAUGUGAGCACAUUGUUCCUGUUUAAAGCUGGUGUCACAUUCUGAGGAUGGUCCAUAGAGCAUAUCAUUGUUUUAUUUUCAUUUCUCAUAAGAGCCAUGUGUUCUUUAGGGUUCAUGAGAUGUGAAAGGCGUUUCCUUCCAUUGAGGCUGUGUUAUAAAGCGCAGCCUGCUGUAUGCCCUGCUCUACUUUGGGGUUGGGAUUCUUUCCUUUAUCUUUAAGAAGUGCCGCUUAGGCCUUUUUUCAGAUUGCUGUGUUUUUGUACAUAUCCGACAGCAGGGGCAGUGAUGAGAUCUAUUUAUGUAGGUUAAUAAGGUGGCCAUACUAGGUCACUCAGUGUAUCUGUGCAAAAAAGUAAGGAAAUGCACUCUUUCUUUAAAUGAAAAGAAAAGGAUGGUUUGAGGUGAAAUACAAGCUUGUGGCAGUUUUUAGUUUGUUGUUAUAUCAUCCAUUGGUUUUGCUCUUUGGCUGUUUCAUCCCACAUACGUAGCACUGCUCCUGUUUCAUAAAGCUAGAAAUCCAAUCAAAAACUCGCACAAGUCUCGUUAUAAAUGUUGCACAAUACAAAACGCUGCUUAUCAGGCAAAGGUGGAUCAGUCAUUGUAUAAUUUCAGAAUAAUCUCCAAUUCUAUGAGUCUCUCCAUACACUCAGCUGAAGCACAGCCAUAAUAGAGUGGCAGUUUUUUGUUUGCUUUUUGUUGGGAUAUAGUAUUUUCUCCAGAGGUCAGUAAGCCCUCGUCUAAAGCACUAGCGCACUGUGUGUAGCUCCCUCUCUCCCCUCCAUCUCCUCUUGGCAUGUGUGCCUCUCCCCUGCUCUCCUUCUCACCCAUCCCACCCUGCCAUCGCCUGUAGGCUUCUCCAUCUGCAUCGGGCCGAGAGCCAUAAGAGAGGAAGGCAGAGGGGCUGGCUGAAAUCUGCUACAGGACGACAUACAUAAGAAACAAAACUACUACUGACUGCCUCCGGUCUUCAGGUCUGGAGUGGCUUUUUAAAGACUUACUGUAUCUAUCUAGGUUUUUUUGUACAUUGAAUGUCAAAAAAUGUUAUAUCUUAUAUAUAGAAUGCAUUAUGUCAUAUCAUACUUUUUGUAUACAAUCAAUAAAACAGAUGCUAAAAGA